CCUCCGCUGUGCACCACCUAAACAAAUUACUCUCUAUCUGCGUCUCUGUGGAGUCGGUCCUGUCGGUGCGCGGGAGCCUCUGGGACGUACUGCUUUGCAAUGAGGAAGGAGUCCAGGUUCAUUUGGUGGAUCAGGUGGAUUGUGAUUGUGACAGCUUUGUUGUUGCUGGGCUUCACCUUAGGCUGGUUUGCGAAGCCCACACAUCCAAAGGCUGCAAACGAAAGUCCUUCCAGCAAAUAUCUGAAGGAUUUUCUGGAGGGAAUGCAGCCGGACCAGAUCAGACAACACCUUCGGAAAUUCACACGUCUCCCCCACCUGGCUGGCACGGAGCAAAAUCUGAGAUAUGCAGAGCAGAUCAGGAAAGAGUGGCUGGAGUUUGGACUGGACGCGGUGGAGAUGGUGCCCUAUGACGUGCUGUUGUCCUACCCCAACAAAUCGCAGCCCAAUUACAUCUCCAUAGUGGAUCGCUUUGGCAUUGAGGUUUUCAACACAUCCUUAGCAGAGCCGGUCCCAGAAGGUUAUGAAGAUGUUGCUGACAUUGUACCUCCAUACAGUGCCUUCUCUGCAAAAGGACAACCUGAGGGGGAUUUGGUUUAUGUGAACUAUGGUCGAACAGAAGACUUUUUCCAGUUAGAGGAGAUGAACAUCACUGUUACUGGCAGGAUUGUCAUUGUCAGAUAUGGACAAAUAUUUAGAGGCAAUAAGGUGAAAAACGCCAUGUCAGCAGGAGCAAAGGGGAUCAUCAUGUUCUCAGACCCAGCAGAUUACAGUGCUGCUGGAGUCCAGCCGUACCCUGACGGCUGGAACCUACCCGGCGGAGGAGCUCAGAGGGGGAACGUUCUCAGGCUGGAUGGAGCGGGAGACCCGCUCACACCCGGGUACCCCGCCAAGGAAUAUACCUACAGAUUGAGCCUGGAGAACGCAGUGGGCCUCCCCAACAUUCCUGUACAUCCAAUCGGCUACCACGAUGCCAUUCACCUGCUGAAGAACAUGGGAGGACAGAUUCCGCCCAACAACUGGAAAGGAACUCUGGAUGUCUCCUAUAGGAUUGGUCCAGGCUUUAAGGAUGACUUCAAGAGCCAGAAGGUACGUAUGAACAUCCACACCAACAGCCAGGUCACUCGCAUCUACAACGUCAUCGGCAGGAUAAGAGGGGCUGUGGAGCCAGACCGGUACGUGAUUCUCGGAGGGCACCGGGACGCCUGGGUGUUUGGGGGGAUCGAUCCCAUGUCUGGUGCUGCUGUGGUCCACGAGACAGUCAGGGGCUUUGGUCUGCUGCGGAGCAAAGGCUGGAGGCCUCGGAGGACUUUAAUAUUUGCCAGCUGGGAUGCAGAAGAGUUUGGACUGCAGGGAUCUACAGAAUGGGCAGAGGAUAACGCCAAGGUGUUACAGGAGAGAGCUGUGGCCUACGUCAAUGCCGACUCUGCCAUCGAGGGCAUGUACACGCUGAGGGUUGACUGCACUCCAUCUCUACACACUUUGGUGUACAAUCUCACUAAGCAGAUAGCGAGUCCAGAAGAAGGAGAGGAGGGAAUUUCUUUGUACGACAGUUGGCAUAAGAGGGACAACUGGACAGCUGACCGCGAUGCACCCAGGAUCAGUAAACUUGGGUCGGGCAGUGAUUUCGAGGCCUAUUUCAUCCGUCUGGGAAUCGCUGCAGCCAGAGCCAGAUACACCAAGGACAGGAAAACCGAGUGGUACAGCAGUUAUCCGGUCUAUCACAGCGUGUACGAAACCUUCGAGGUGGUGGACAGGUUUUACGACCCCACCUUCAAGAGGCUCCGGGCGGUGGCCCAGGUGAGAGGCGGGCUUGUCUUUCAAUUGGCCGAUUCCCAGCUGCUGCCUCUCGACGUCAACCAGUACGCAGACUCGCUGGGGAAGUACGCGCAGAGCAUCGCGCGCGAGGCCCAGAAGCACCCGGAGGAGAUGGAGAUGUACGGGGUGUCGUUUGAUUCCUUGUUUUCUGCUGUGAGGAACUUCAGCGUUGCAGCCGGGGACUUUCACGAACGCCUGCAGAGUCUCAACAGAGCGGAUCCUCUGCAGGUGCGCGCCGUGAACGAUCAGCUGAUGUAUCUGGAGAGAGCCUUCAUUGACCCGCUGGGUUUACCUGGGAGACCCUUCUACAGGCAUGUGAUCUUUGCUCCCAGCAGGCAUAACAAAUAUGUAGGGCAGUCUUUCCCUGGAAUCAAUGAUGAACUGUUCGACAUCAAGAACUCUGCUGAUCCGAAGAAGGCCUGGGACGAAGUCAAGCGUCAAAUCAGCGUCGCUGCGUUCACCGUUCAUGCUGCCGCCAUGACGCUGACCCCGCCUGCAUGAGGCAGGCACAGACGCUCUGAAGCAGUCCGUGGGUCAUCGCGCUCGGACGCCAGAAUGACAGAAACAAGAACAGUAUAGAUGCACACACAUAGUAGUUUAAACAACGUGACCUCAGCGGAGCCGGCUUGAUGCAGAACGUGUGUGUGAGCAUUUCAGAGACUAAGCUGCAGACCUUCCACAAGUGUGGGUGUGAGAGAUAUAAUUCAUAUAUUAUGAAAAAUAAGGAUGAGACACAGACCUUUUGAGCAGCACGUCUGUUUGUACAUUUCAAUUCUACUCGUAAAUAUGUUAAUAGCCGCCUUGUCUAAUGAUUUCCCAACCCGCGUCGAGUAAAGUUUCCCUGACAUUUUACGAAUGCGUCAUGUGGCCAAACCGUGCAAGGCUCAGUAAUACAGUGAAUGUCUGGGGGGCCGUCACUGUGGUACAACUCAUCGCUUACAUUAACAGCAGUUUUUACGUGAAUAAAGUGUCUGUCUACAAAUGAAACUAUUCUUUGCACACGUGCAAAAAAUCAGAUACAUGUUGGUCUGAGAAACGUUAACAAAACACAUUGUUAAAGAUAUUUGUUGAAUAAAUUGCUUGUAGCCCUUCGGA